AGUGCGGGUCGGGCAGGGGACGCUGAUCGGGUUUGUAGCAGGAGCAGGGAAAGAAAACACUGGAGUGUCGGAGAUUUUUCACAAUAAUAUAUAUAAAUAUAUAUACAUCCGGGUCCGGUUCUGGUUCCGAGUCGCUGUCCUUUACUGCAGCAUUCACCGAAAAAAAGUGCGGACCGCAGGAUGAACGGAGACUCAGGCGCGGGGGUGGUGGCGGCCACUCCACCCGCACACCCGCCCCAUAAAGAGCGCUACUUCGACCGAGUGGACGAGAGCAGCGCCGAGUACCAGAGAGAGAGGAACAUGGCACCUGACCUCAGGCAGGACUUUAACAUGAUGGAGCAGAGGAAGAGAGUGUCCAUGAUCCUGCAGAGCCCGGCGUUCUGUGAGGAGCUUGAGACGCUGAUCCACGACCAAAUGAGGAAGGGCAAAAACCCCACCAGCCUUCUGGCUCUGCAGCAGAUCGCCGACUUCAUGACCACCAGCGUGCCCACCACUUACCCGGCUGCCCCUCAGGGAGGCAUGGCGGCGCUCAAUAUGAGUCUGGGCAUGGUGACACCAGUGAAUGAUCUCCGAGGUUCAGACUCCAUCGCAUAUGAGAAAGGAGAGAAGCUGCUGCGCUGUAAGCUUGCUGCCUUUUACCGCCUGGCGGACCUGUUUGGUUGGUCUCAGCUUAUCUACAAUCACUUAACCGUCAGACUGAACUCCGAUCAGGAACGCUUCCUUAUUGUCCCAUUUGGGCUUCUGUACAGUGAAGUCACCGCCUCAAGCCUGGUGAAGAUCAACCUGCAGGGCGAAAUCGUGGACAGAGGCAGCACUAACCUGGGCGUGAACCAGGCCGGCUUCACCCUGCACUCGGCCAUAUUCUCCGCCCGACCAGACAUCAAGUGCAUCGUGCACAUCCACACUCAUGCUGGCGCUGCGGUUUCGGCGAUGAAGUGUGGCCUCCUUCCCAUUUCUCCCGAGGCUCUGUCUCUAGGCGAGGUGGCCUACCACGACUACCACGGCAUCCUGGUGGACGACGAGGAGAAGAUCCUUAUACAGAAGAACCUCGGCCCUAAGAGCAAGGUGCUGAUUCUGAGGAACCAUGGCCUAGUGUCAGUAGGAGAAACUGUUGAAGAGGCUUUUUACUACAUUCACAACCUGGUCACCGCCUGCGAGAUUCAGGUCCGUACCCUCGCGAGUUCAGGUGGCCCUGAAAACCUGGUCAUGCUGGACCCAGGGAAGUACAAAAUGCGUCCUCGUCACCCAGAACCCGCUGGUGAUGGGACGAGCCCUUAUCCCAAGUGGCAGCUCGGGGAGCAGGAGUUCGAAGCCCUGAUGCGGAUGCUGGAUAAUUUGGGCUACAGGACCGGCUACCCGUACCGCUGCCCAGCUCUGCGCGAUAAAGCUAAAAAGUACAGCGACGUAGAGAUCCCGCCGUCCGCCACGGGCUACUCGUACGCCGAGGACAGCGACUCGGGCGCUCGCUCUCCGCUGAAGCACAGCUUCCAGCGGGGGCAGCGUGACAAGACCCGCUGGCUGAACACGGGCCGGUCGGAUGAAUCCCCCAACGAGGGGCUGGAGGGCGGCGGCAGCCCCAAGGCGAAGACUAAGGUGUGGACGAACAUUACACACGAUCACGUCAAACCCUUGCUGCAGUCUCUCUCGUCCGGUGUCUGCGUGCCAAGCUGUAUAACCAACUGCUUGUGGACGAAGGAGGAGAGCAUUCGACAGGGUGCCGUGGCCAAUCAGUUCGUUCCUCUCAACACUAAUCCUAAAGAGGUCCAGGAAAUGCGCAACAAGAUCCGUGAGCAGAACCUGCAGGACAUCAAGACAGCAGGACCUCAGUCUCAGCUGCUUACUGGAACUGUGGUAGAUCGUUCCUUUGUCCAGAGAGCGACGAUCUGGCACGAUGCUCCUCUGUCUGACUGUUUGGAGUGUAUCGAUGGCCUUGACUUCUCAGACAGCUAUAGUCCUGCUAGGUCUGUUAGAAAGGGGGAGCUAGUGACCGCUUCCAAAGCGAUUAUAGAGAAGGAAUACCAGCCUCGUGUGAUUGUCACCAAGACUGGACCAAAUCCAUUCAAUAAGUUCACCGACCAGGAGCUGGAGGAGUACCGUAGGGAAGUGGAGCUCAAACAGAAAGGAGAAGAAGGUCUAGAAGUACAGGUUGAUGCAUCUGACAGCUCAGUGGUACCAGGUUCAGGAGGAGUCACUUCUCCUCCUGCCUCCUCAAAUGACAAUUUGAUGGAGAAGCAGCUCUUGGCAGCUUCUUCUUCCUCUACUGAUGCUGCUACAGAACCUGAGGGAUCAAGAAGGGUCAUUCCUUCUGGUCCUCCCGUGUCCCCACACAAGGACUUUCACUGUGCUGUGCUGAAAGCUCUCAGUGUCACCACAGAUUUGUCUGAGAAUGAUCAGCCUGAACAAGACGUCAAAGUUGAAGAUGAACCGCAGGUGCCGGAGGACUUGGGGAAAGGUCCGAGCCCCACCCGUACCCCACCAAGCACCCCGAUUCGAGUAGAAGAAGAACGGCAGCAGGACCAGAGCCCUAAAGACGAAAGCGACGCCGCCACUUUAAGACAGACCCUCCCCGACCUGACCCCCGACGAGCCUUCUGAAGCCGCCGUCACCGCCCUCCCGGCAGAAGACCCCGCCCCUUCCGAGCCGGACUCCGCCCCGGCUCACGUCGACGGGGAGGAGCCUGUUGCCGCCGAUGACGCCGCGGGCGACCAGGGCAGCGACGAGUCCCCGAACAAAUCCCCUUCGAAAAAGAAGAAGAAAUUCCGCACGCCGUCGUUCCUAAAGAAAAACAAAAAGAAGUCCGAACCCUAGAGAGGAAAAAUGAAUCUCCUACGAUGAAAGCCACAUUCUGAAUCUUUCUUUUAAUUUUUUUUUUUAUUAUUUUUUUAAAACUUUUAGCUAGUCUAAUUUUGUGUUCACCUGUAGCUUGUGAAUGUCGCUGUUUUAUUUUUUAUUUUAACAGUUAAUCCGGUAAAAAUGUGACGCCUGGCUUCCUGCGUGCGUUUGUGUGUGUGUGUGUGUGUGUGUGUGUGUGUGUGUGUGUGUGUGUGUGUGUGUGUGUGUGUGUGUGCGCCCAUGUUUUAGCAGAGAUUUAUUUUAACCUCCGGCUUUUGUAAGAAAAGAAAAGAAUAAAUUUACCCAUCUUAAUUAACCACUAGAAUGUAUUUGGAUUGUAUCAAAGUGUGUAUUCAAGUGUAAAAAAAAGGAAUGCGAAGAAAACUGGAUAUGAUUUAAAAAAAAAAAAUCUGGUUCAAGGAAAAAAUGAAAACCUCAAUAAAAACGCAGCACGCUGUCUGCUGAAACGCC